AUGCCUGAACCAGCGAAGGCCGCGCCCAAAAAGGGCUCCAAGAAAACCGUCCCCAAGACCGCCGGCAAAGGAGGCAAGAAGCGCAGAAAGUCCAGGAAGGAGAGCUACGCUAUCUACGUGUACAAGGUCCUGAAACAGGUCCACCCUGAUACCGGGAUCUCCUCCAAGGCUAUGGGCAUCAUGAACUCCUUCGUCAACGACAUUUUCGAGCGUAUCGCUGGUGAGUCCUCUCGUCUGACUCACUACAACAAGCGCUCCACCAUUACCUCCAGGGAGAUCCAGACCGCCGUGCGCCUGCUGCUUCCCGGUGAGCUGGCCAAGCACGCCGUGUCCGAGGGUACCAAGGCCGUCACCAAGUACACCAGCUCCAAGUAAAGCGCCUUAGUCGCUCUGGCAAACCAACGGCUCUUCUAAGAGCCACCCAUCUUAUCAAGACAGAGAAACAGACGUUUUACGAGUUUUUGCAACCAUCUUUAAGAAUGGAAAGAAGUUCAAGCAAGAUAUAUUUUGUACCUUUACUGUUAAACUGUUUGUAAUCUUGUUUUAAUUUAUUACUUGUCACAAAAAAGAAUGUUAUUUAAACAUUUGUAAUAUUAUACAGUAAAAUAA